CUUUAGCCUCGUUGACCGAGCCGCCUUGUUUCACCUAAUUUUCUGAACUCAGUAAAACUGGCUCAUCAGUUUUGGAUUUCUUAUCACCCACCAACUGGUGCGAAACAUACCUCCGGUGGGGAUGAAACGCCACCCAUCCCGGAGGAGGAACUGGAACAGCAGAAAAUUGAACAUGAAAAACAAAUGCAAAAGGAAAAAGAAUGCCAAGCAAGAGAAGCAGAGGAAGUCAGGAAGUUGGAUAUAAAACUUCUUCAUCAGCGGGCUAUAGAAGCAGAAGAGGAACAAAAGCGAGAGAUUGCUGAAGCAGUCGAAGAGUUGCGAGGGAUAAGCACUUCAUGGUCGCAUCAUAGAUUAUGUGACUUACAAAGGCAAGCCGCGAGAUGGCGCCACAGUCGGCCAUCAAUACCGGACACGAAACAUUAUAGAAAUGCUAUGAAAAAAGCCUGCAGCGCCCAGCUGACGAAACCUCAAUCCAGCCAAAGUAUAAGCGACAAUGAAGGCAUCUUCAUAAACCUUUCACGGCUUGGAUCUUGUAGAGAUGAAUCAAUUGAUAGCGACGGCUGCUGCGAAACACCAUGCUGUAUCAGUGGAGAGGAAGCAAGGAAUUGGAGAGCGUCAGCUAACGAUGUCAGUCCAUCAGUCAGAGGCGAGCUCGUCAAAGCUCCAUCGUGUCCAGGAUGUCGCGCUCCGAUCGCUUCGCUUGAUUGUAUGGACGAAUUCAGCGCUAAUUCACAGCAAAUGUUGGAUCAAGCCGGCGAAAUGAAUUCGUCGAAGCACAUGUCAGCCUACAUGGGUAACCAUGCAAGUAUGCCUUCAUCAGUGACGCCUGGUCUUCGUUACAAGAACUUGGGAAAGUCAGGCCUGAGGGUACCGAAUAUUGGCUUAGGACUAUGGACGAUGUUGAGUGAAGAUUGUGCAGAGGACAUCAUCAUGACCGCUUUAGAAAACGGCAUCAAUUUGUUUGACCUUUCAGAGGCGCAUUGUGCCAGAGGUGAAGUUGAGCUGGGCAGAAUACUGAAAAAGAGAAAUGUAAGGCGAACGAGUGUUAUUAUAACUACAAAAAUAUAUUGGAGUACGAAGUUUCCUCAUGCUAACAGGUCAGAUGAAAGGGGUUUAUCUAGAAAACAUAUCAUUGAAAGUGUAAGGGCGUCACUUCAAAGACUUCAAGUCGAUUACAUAGAUGUCGUACUUUUGCACAAAACUGAUCCAGUUUGUCCCAUGGAAGAGUUGGUUCGCGCAAUGAAUUUUGUGAUCAAUCAAGGAUGGGUUAUGUAUUGGGGAACAGCUCGUUGGUUGCCGUCUGAGAUAAUGGACGCGUACACUAACUGCCGACAGUUCAACUGUAUCACACCAAUCGUUGAACAGACCGAGUAUCAUAUGUUCUGCAGAGAAAAACCCGAGAUAUACAUGCCUGAACUGUACCAUAAGAUAGGUGUUGGCAUCAUGUGUCUGAUCCCAGGGAUGAUGGCAUGGUCUGCAAUAACAACUGGCAAAGGUCGCGAAGAAAUAACCGGGCUUUUUGCAAAGUCCCGAUUCAACAGGAAAUACAGCACCUUCAGCUGGUGUGAAGAAGACUUAGCUGGUGCAGAUGUAAGCGAGGUCAGUCCAAUGAGGAUUUCCAAUAGCAAGGAACAGGUGGCUGGAGAGGAACUACGCACUUAUGGAGACAAACUGCGUGAUCUGGCUAAUCUUGCAGCUACAAUGAAUUGCACUAUGAGUCAACUGGCUGUCGCUUGGUGCCUCAAAAAUGAGUCCAUAAACUGCUUACUGCUGGGCGCCAACAGUGUUGAACAAUUUAAAGAAAAUAUUCAUGCUUUACAGAUCGUACCCCAGCUCACACCAGUGGUGAUGAUAGAGAUCGAGAGAUUACUGUCUAACAAGCCACAAAGACCACCAAUGGUCUCGACGCUCGCGAUGCGCAAUCAACAGAACAGUGCCACGGUUCGAGUAGAUUUGACUGGAGCUUCUACAUCUGGUGCGGGAUCACCUAAACCAGAUGCUGAGGGCGCUGAAGUCGAGAUCACCACUCCCGCUAAAGAGUCGGGGCGUGGCUUUUGUGAGAUUCAGUGACCGUGGUGGCGCGGAAGCACUGAGUCUGCUUCCAAAUCUAGUAAAUCAAAGGAAUCAGUUAAGGACGGCAAGCCUAAAUUCUUUUUGAACAAUGCUGGAGAAGUGAUUAGACGCAUCGAGCAUAACGGCGUCUCAACUGAUGUGGUAGUAUCUAUUUCAUCAUUGAAAGGGAAACAACCAGCAUCGGGGGGCAGCAAAGUCAAAAAAUCCAAAUCGGACAAUUCGAAGCCCCGUUCGGCCUCUUUGCAACGGUCGUCUUCAGGACAACUCUCGGUUUCUAGGGACCGACGUAGGUCACGAUUUGACUUGCCUUCACCAGCUGACGUGUAAAAUUGAGACACACAUAAUGUCAUUUUGUAACGAUAAUGGUUCUUUUAAUGAAAAAAUAUGACAACGGCUGAAGUAAUAUUAUAUGGAGUUAGUUAAGAAUAAUGUCAGUGAACAGUUUCUUGUUCACUUUGAUGUGGGAUAAUGCCCUUGUAUCGUAUAUUUGUACUUAUAAUGAAGAUGGCAAAAUCGUAUUUGAAUUUCUCGACGCCGACAAAUUUUGGCUGUAAACGGGACUGUGAUGAAAAGCUGGAUUUACUCUAAUAUUUUAAAAUGAAUGUCGAUACGAUGUAACUGAUGCUGGUACCGGGUAGUCUUCAUAAUGUAGUAUUUUCGUGCAGAGCACAUUGAGACUACUCUUAAGUUAGUUUCAAAUUUCGUAGGAACAUUAUUAAAAGUAGAUUUCUUUGAUGUUAGUUAACGAUUGAUGUUCUAAUGAUUCUUAAAAUCAAUAUAUAUGCUUUUUUAUGUAUUUAACGCGUUAUAAACAAUUUCAUAAAUUUUCAUAAUAAGAUAAUCGUUCAUGUACUACUUACUCAAUCGUUUAGUUGUACUGUUGGUCUUUUCAACGCAUAAUUUACUUAAAACACAUGUACCGAGGCACUAAAUAUUUUGUGUAGAUUUGGUUUAGGGAAUGAUAACCUUAAAUUUUAAUACGAUUUUUGAAUUAUGUACCGAAUGUACGAGAUAUGACUUAGAUAUUAUGUAGUUCGUGGUAAAUCUGUAGUUACAAUCGUUACAGUGCGUUUAGGGUGUCUUUUAAUUUAGACGAAAGAAGUGGAGCUUACUGCCGCGUUCACGAUACAGUUUGCACAUGCUAUUA